AUGGGAUUAGCUAUUAGUUUAGUUGCUUCGGUCAAAGAAAAGGUGUGGUAUCAUUCUAACUGUAAUAAUAGAGGAAGAGGUUGUUAUAAUACCAAUCUAACUGAUAGAGGAGGUUGUUGUAUUUGGUAUAAUGAACCUCAGUUAUUGAAAGAUAUUGAAGAACAUCUAGACAUCACUAUUGAUAGAAUAGAUCCCGAUAUGAAAAUUCCUAUUAAUGAAUUUGAUGGUAAAGUUUCCUACGGUCAGAGACGAAAAGCUGGUGGUAGUGUAUACCAAGGUCAUGUGCAAUUUUUGGCACCAACAGUGUCAGAACUGGCCUCACUGGAGAAGAAAGCCCAGACUUCUUUUAUAGAUCUUAAGUACAAGAAAAGACUUCAGCGUUAA